ACAUUUCUCUCUCUUCUUCUCUUAUUCUGUGUAUUCUCCCAGAUCCUUCGCCUGAAACUCUUGUUUUGCCGCUCUCGUGUUCUCGCUUUGGAUCCAUCUCGCGUCACUCAAAAUUCCGAAAACCUCACAGAAUUCAGAAUUUUCUGUUUGGACGUCCGUUUAAGAUCUUUUAGAUUAGGUAGAUCCGAAGUGUGAACCAUUUCAAGAUCGUUGAAGAAUGGCAUCGGCAGCGACUGGGGCCACGGGAUGGUACAGGGGAAGAGUGAAGGCUGUUCCUUCAGGGGACUGUUUGGUCAUUGUGGCCAUUGCCAGCACUAAACCUGGUCCUUUGCCUGAGAAGACCAUCACUCUCUCUUCUCUAAUUGCACCUAGAUUGGCGCGUAGAGGCGGUGUGGACGAGCCUUUUGCAUGGGAAAGUAGGGAGUUUCUAAGGAAGCUCUGCAUCGGGAUGGAGGUUACCUUCAAAGUUGACUACACCGUGCCGUCCAUUAAUCGAGAUUUUGGAACCGUUUUUCGCGGUGACAAAAACGUUGCAAUGCUGGUUGUUUCUCAAGGAUGGGUUAAGAUCAGAGAACAGGGGCAACAGAAAGGGGAAGUGAGCCCAUACCUGGCAGAAUUGUUACGGUUAGAAGAGCAAGCUAAACAAGAAGGCCUUGGCCGUUGGAGCAAGGUUCCUGGUGCUGCUGAGGCUUCAAUCAGAAAUCUACCCCCUUCUGCUAUUGGUGACCCUAGUAACUUGGAUGCUAUGGGUUUGUUAGCUGCAAACAAAGGAUUACCCAUGGAGGCAAUUGUUGAGCAGGUUCGCGAUGGCAGUACUGUUCGAAUCUAUUUGCUCCCGGAGUUUCAGUUUGUCCAAGUUUUUGUUGCUGGAAUUCAGGCCCCACAAAUGGGAAGGAGAGCUGCAUCUGAAACUGUUGUUGAACCUGAAUUGACAGCUGAUGAAACCAAUGGAGAUGUUUCUGGGGAACCUCGAGCCCCUCUUACAUCUGCACAAAGACUUGCAGUUUCAACAUCUGCUGAAACUGCAGCUGAUCCGUUUGCACAUGAGGCUAAAUUUUUCACUGAGAUGCGUGUAUUGAAUCGAGAUGUUCGGGUUGUCUUGGAAGGUGUCGAUAAGUUCAGCAAUUUAAUUGGGUCAGUCUAUUAUCCUGAUGGUGAAUCAGCAAAGGACCUGGCAUUGGAGCUUGUGGAAAAUGGGUAUGCUAAAUACAUUGAAUGGAGUGCAAAUAUGAUGGAAGAAGAGGCAAAGCGGAGGCUGAAGAAUGCAGAACUGCAGGCUAAGAAAAGCAGGUUAAGGAUGUGGACAAACUAUGUACCACCUCCUUCAAAUUCAAAGGCAAUUCAUAAUCAGAAUUUUACUGGAAAGGUGGUUGAGGUUGUGAGUGGAGAUUGUGUCAUUGUUGCCGAUGAUUCCAUUCCAUAUGGUAGUCCACUAGCUGAGAGGCGAGUUAACCUUUCUAGUAUUAGGUGUCCAAAGAUGGGCAAUCCUCGUCGAGACGAAAAACCUGCCCCCUAUGCCCGUGAAGCAAAGGAGUUCUUAAGAACCCGCCUCAUUGGGCGUCAAGUGAAUGUUCAAAUGGAAUAUUCUAGAAAGGUUGCUCCCACAGAUGGAUCUGUAGUUUCAUCAGUAGCAGCUGCUGAUUCUAGAGUAAUGGACUUUGGUUCAGUCUUCUUAUUGUCCACGGCAAAGGUUGACAAUGAUGAUACCCUGUCAUCUACUCCAGCAGCUGGAAGUCAGCAAACUGGGGUGAAUAUUGCUGAAUUGGUAGUUGGCCGUGGCUUUGGAACUGUCAUUAGACAUCGUGACUUUGAAGAGAGAUCUAAUUAUUAUGAUGCUCUUCUUUCUGCUGAAUCACGUGCCAUUUCUGGAAGGAAAGGCAUCCAUUCUGCCAAGGAUCCACCAGUGAUGCAUAUAACUGACUUGACCACAGCAUCAGCCAAGAAAGCCAGAGACUUCUUGCCUUUCCUGCACCGGAGUAGAAAAGUUCCUGCUGUUGUGGAAUAUGUUCUCAGCGGCCAUCGUUUCAAAUUGUUGAUUCCAAAAGAAACUUGCAGCAUCGCUUUCUCAUUUUCCGGGGUCAGGUGUCCUGGUCGUGACGAGCCAUAUUCUGAUGAAGCAAUUGCACUGACGAGGCGAAAGAUAAUGCAGAGAGAUGUUGAGAUAGAAGUUGAAACUGUUGAUAGAACUGGAACCUUCUUGGGAUCCUUAUGGGAAUCAAGGACCAAUGUAGCAAUUACACUACUUGAAGCUGGUCUCGCAAAGCUUCAAACCACCUUUGGCAGUGACAGAAUUCCUGAAUUUCACCUUCUGGACCAAGCUGAACAAUCUGCUAAGAGGCAAAAGCUGAAAAUCUGGGAGAAUUUUGUUGAAGGGGAGGAAGUAUCUAAUGGUGCAACAGUUGAAAACAAACAGCAAGAAGUGCUUAAGGUAAUCGUUACGGAAGUCGUAGGUGGUGGUAAAUUCUAUGUCCAGACUGUUGGAGAUCAAAAGAUUGCAUCCAUUCAGCAACAGCUUUCUUCUUUGAACCUGAAGGAUGCUCCGGUUGUUGGUGCUUUCAAUCCUAAGAAGGGAGACAUAGUCCUUUGUUAUUUUCAUGCUGACAAGUCAUGGUAUCGGGCAAUGGUUGUCAAUACACCUCGAGGACCAGUUGAAUCCCCCAAGGACAUGUUUGAAGUAUUCUACAUUGAUUAUGGAAAUCAAGAAGAAGUACCCUACAGUCAGUUACGGCCUCUUGAUCAAUCUGUUUCUGCUGCACCUGGUCUUGCUCAAUUGUGUAGCCUUGCAUACAUUAAGAUUCCAAACUUAGAAGAGGAUUUUGGCCAAGAAGCAGCUGAAUAUUUGAGUGAACUCACUUUAAACAGUGGAAAAGAGUUUAGGGCCAAAGUUGAGGAGCGAGAUACUUCAGGAGGAAAAGUGAAAGGGCAGGGAACUGGGACCAUUCUUGCUGUAACACUUGUUGCUGUGGAUGCUGAGAUCAGCGUUAAUGCUGCCAUGCUACAGGAAGGGCUAGCAAGGACAGAAAAAAGAAAUAGGUGGGACAGAAAAGAAAGACAGCUGGCUUUUGAUAAUUUGGAGAUGUUCCAGGAAGAAGCACGGACCAGCAGGCGUGGAAUGUGGCAGUAUGGAGAUAUUCAGUCGGAUGAUGAGGACACUGCUCCUCCUCCUAGGAAGGCCACCACCGGUGGCCGUAGAUAAGUAUGAUGCGAGGUAAGUUAUAUAAUAGACAUCUUGAGAGAAAAUGAUUGAAGUUAUAGGCGUGAACAUUUUUGAGUUAGAGAGAAAAAAGAAAAUGCCGUGCGUAAUCCUUUGUAAGUUUUGUUUUAUUUUUCGUUUUAAAUUUUGUCUUUAGGUUGAUGGGACAAUUGUUUUCUAUAGCGUCGUAAUAAGGUACAUGCGGCAACGUUCUUUGUUACCAUGAGGACAGCAGAGAUGUUUUAUCGUAGUUUAAAAUUCUUGUUUGUUUGUC